GAACCCACAAACAACUUGCUGAGGUCUCCACUUUAAUUUCUAUCGAAGGCAAGUUGUACGAAAAAACCCAAAAGUAAUUUCCAAGAACGUGAAGUAUUCUUUAGUUGACUUGACCCAGCCAUGAAAGCUGAGGGUAUAUGUAGCUCUUAUUCAUUACGCUGGUCUUUUACCAAAAAUCAUCCUUUCAUUCUUGCAUCAUAUCAAACCUUAAUUCAUCCCUUCAUCAAACCUUAAUAUAUCCAUGGAUUCUCGAUUCACUCAAGGACAAUCGUCUACAUCCUCCAAUGCUCGAUUUACGCAAGGAGUAUUAUCUACACCCUACGAUACUACAUUCUCCGAUACUGAAGGAGAAUCAUCUCCAUCCUACUAUACUCCAGGGGAGUCAUUUACAUUCUCCGAUACUAAAGGAGAAUCAUCUCCAUCCUACGAUACUCCAGGAAAGUCAUUUACAUUCUCCAAUACUGAAGGAGAAUCAUCUACAUCCUCUAAGUUCUUUUAUCAUGUAUUCCUGAGUUUUAGCGGUGAAGACACCCGAAAAAAAUUUGUAGGCCAUCUUGAGAACAGAUUGUGUCAAGUUGGAUUCCAAAUCUUCAAAGAUGAUAAGAGUGUGAGAAAGGGUGAUGUGAUUUCAAUGGCACUAGAGAAAGGUAUUGAAAAUUCAAGGAUUUCCAUUGUCGUUUUGUCAACAAAUUAUGCUUCGUCUCGUUGGUGUCUUGAUGAAUUAGUUAAAAUUCUUGAAUGCAAAGAGAAGUUAAAGCAGAAAGUCAUGCCUAUUUUCUAUGAUGUUGAACCAAGUGAAGUGCGAAAGCAAACUGGGAAAUUCGGUGAGGGAUUUGCCAAACUCAAGGAACAAUUUGGGGACCAAAGUAUGGAGAAGUGGAAAGCUGCACUUACUGAAGUUGCAAAUAUAUCUGGAAGGGAAUUGCGAAUAGUUGCUAACGGGUGCGAAUCAGAAUUUAUUGAAUUUAUUAUACAAGAUGUCGAAACAGAGGUCAGCCAGACACCUCUAGAUGUUGCUUCUCACCCAGUUGGAGUAGAUUCUCGUGCCAAAGUUAUAGAGUCGAUUUUGCGAAAUGGACAAUGUGAAGAUGAAGCUCGCAUGGUUGGUAUACAUGGAGUUGGUGGAAUUGGAAAAACAACUCUGGCAAAAGAAUUGUACAAUCGGUUAUCUCAACGUGUAAACUUCGAUGGUAGUUUCUUCCUUUCAAAUGUUAGGUCAGAAGAAAAAAAUCAUCCACACAAACUACAAAAGAAAAUUCUCAAAAAACUUCUCAAAACCAAGGAUGUCAAAGUUGACAAUGUUGAUGACGGCAUCACUAAAAUCAGAACUAGACUCCGGUCAAAGAAGGUUCUACUUGUUCUUGAUGACGUGGAUCAUAUAGACCAAUUAAAAUACUUAGCAAGAGAAAGAAGUUGGUUUGGUUCGGGUAGUAUAGUAAUCAUUACGACCCGAGACAAGCGAGUGCUAGAUCGGUUUGGAGAAAAAGACCUGAAAUAUGAGGUUGAACUACUAAAUGAAGGUGAAGCUAUGUUACUUUUUUGUAUCCAUGCUUUUGGCAUUCCUAUUCCACCACAAGAUUAUGUUAAUUUGGCACAAGACAUAAUCAAAUAUUCAGGUAGGCUACCAUUAGCUCUUGUGACAUUGGGGUCACAUUUGCAUGGAAGAUCAAUAGAAGAAUGGACCGACGAAUUCAAAAGACUAAAAGAUAUUCCUCAUGAAGAUAUUCUAAAGAUUCUCAAGAUAAGCUUUGAUGGACUUGAGCUUUAUACAAAGACUGUUUUUCUUGAUAUUGCAUGCCCCUUUCAAUAUUUAAAAGAAAAAGAAGUUACCAGUAUACUAAAUGCAUGUGGUUUUCAUGCUAAAUGUGAAAUUGCAACUUUAAUCCAAAAACACUUGCUCCAAAGGGAUGGUCACUGCUUGGUGAUGCAUGAUCUAGUGCGAGAUAUGGGAAGAGAAAUUGUUCACUUGGAAUCUCCUCAAUGCCCCGGAGGACGGAGCAGAUUGUUCAUCCCUGAAGAUGUCAGUGCUGUUCUACUAGGAAAUACCGGUACCGAGAAAGUAGAAGUACUGAUGUGUAAACCUUGGGCAUUAAAGGGUGUGAGCACUGAGGCAUUUCAGAACAUGAAAAAUCUUAGGGUGCUUGAAAUCCAUGGUUUAUGUGUGAGUGGAGAUUUUGGGCUGUUCCCCAAGAAGCUCAAAUGGUUGUCUUGGGAAUUCUGUCCUUUAAAACGUAUACCAUCAAAUUUUCCAGCCGCGAAUCUUGUAUUUCUAGAUUUGCAGUUCAGUGCUAUCAGAGAGUUUGAUCUGAAUUUGCAGUGCUGCCCAAUGUUGAAGUUGCUGGAUCUCUCUGAUUGCCAGCACCUCAGAAAAACCCCAAAGUUCAAUGGUGCAGAAAGUCUUGAGACUUUGCUGCUUCAUCAUUGCUUAAGUCUGACGGAGAUCGAUCAAUCAAUAUGCCAGCUGAAAUCCCUUCAAGUCUUGGACAUUAGUAGCUGCGAGAAGGUACAAACACUACCAUCAAAUUUUCCACCUGCGAAUCUCGUAUUUCUAAAUAUGCGGGGGAGUGCUAUCAGAGAGUUUGAUCUGAAUUUGCAGUGCUGCCCAAUGUUGAAGGUGCUGAAUCUCUCUGAUUGCCGACGCCUCAGAAGUACUCCAAAGUUUAAUGGUGCAGAAAUUCUUGAGAUUUUGCUGCUUAAAGAUUGCACAUGGCUGACGGAGAUCGAUCAAUCAAUAUGCCAGCUGAAAUCCCUUCAAGUCUUGGACAUUACUGGGUGGCGUCAGUUACAAACACUGCCAGUUGACCUUGGAGAUGUGCAAAGUCUAAGAUCUCUUCGUGCAAGUAAGACGGGUAUAAAACAAUUACCUAAAUCUGUUGAAAAGCUAAAAAAUCUUGAAACUUUGGAAUUGGGAUUUUUGAAUUACGGAAGGAGUUUUCCUCAAAUAGGAGUCAUAGAAUCCUCUCCGACUUCUCUUUAUUAUGGUUUGUCUGAGGCUGAUAUUCAUGUGGAUAUUGGGAGUUUAUCCUCCUUGAUAUCUUUAGAUCUGAGUGGCAACAGUUUUCAUCAUCUACCCUUUGAUUUUUCUAAGUUACGAUUCUUGAAGGUCUUGCGUUUGAAUGACUGUAAGAAUCUUCAAACACUCCCGUCAGUAUCAAAUUUAGAGAAUCUUGAAACUCUCGAACUUACAAAUUGUGAGAAUCUUCAAACACUCCCGUCAGUGUCAAAUUUAGAGAAUCUUGAAACUCUCCAACUUACAAAUUGUGAGAAUCUUGAAACACUCCCGUCAAUAUCAAAUUUAGAGAAUCUUGAAACUCUCGAUCUUAGGAAUUGCAAGAAGUUGGUCGACAUUACAGGGUUGGACAACCUCCCUUCUAUAAAGCGGAUCGACAUGAUCGGUUGUGGCUUUCUGCCGAAUCCUUUCAAUGAAGGCUUCUUUAGUGCACACGCUCAACCAUUUCCAUCUAGAAACUAUCCACAUAAGGGGUUCAAAAUUAAACUCCAAUGCAAUGAGAUUCCAGAUUGGUGCAGCAACCAAGUUGCAACUCCAUCUAUCUGUUUGACUGUCCCCAGACAUGAUAAGGAGUAUAAGUUCUUAGGAAUGGUUCUUUGGCUUGUUUGCGACUCUUGGAGGGGAAGGUUUGUUGUUUCUGUAUCCCAUAGAGAGAGAGAAUCUAUGCCGUGGUCUUACGAUAUUGGUGACCAUGGAGAACUAUCAUGUGUAUAUUACAUAUCUUACUUAGAUAGACCUUUUGAUGGCCAAAUGAUCAAAGGUGGGGAAAAGAUAACAGUCCACCGGGAUGACAAGUGGUUCUCUGGCAUAGAUAUAAAGAAGAUAGGGAUACAUCUGUUAUACUUAGACCAACAUGGUAAUGUUACAUCUUUGCCGAGAAAGGUGGAUCAUUCUUAUUCUAAGUUUCCAGAAGAAUGUUCAGCAGGGCAUAAAAGAGCAAAGUUGAUUUGAACGAGUCAGCCCCCGUUCGCUCCAGUCAAUUCUUGAGUUUAGUCGAUCCUGGUAUCUGGGAGAUAAACCUCAUUUAUGGAGUGUCGCAGCACAGGUAAAGGAAUGAAAAUUCCAAACUGCUCUUUUUUCAACCACAUUAUGCGCGAUUAGCUUGAUCGGGGUGUGGAUAGAGGAGCAAGUUUGGAAAUACUGAAGAAGGACCAUUUGUUAUUCACUUUUUAAAUUUUAGAUAAUGUACGGACAAUGAAUUAAAAACCUCAAUUUUUUUUCAUAAGUAUAAAUUCCCAGUGUAAUCCCAAGUCAUCCGUAAUAUGUCCAACUUAGUAUAUGUACGAGGACUUAUGUGGGCCUCAUUUUGGUUUGUGACUAAUUUAAGUAAUUAGUACUUCAAUUGUGUGGCUAAAAGCACAUUGGUGAAAUUGCUUUGGGCCUUAAACUUAGGCAGCAUGCCAAAAGAUAGUUUGCAACUACAAACUAGGUGUAAAGUUAAGAAGCAUUUGAGAAUCAAGUGCUUAAAGUUUGUCAGCAUAUACUGGGGAAUGUCUAUCAAUUAAAGCAAAAUAUACUGGGGAAAGUACGUUCCCGCAGCUACCAUACUCUCAUCUCCAGAUUGCCGAUAACUUGUCCUGUUUUGUAGAUAAACUUAUUUUGUCUCAUAUUUGGUUUGUGACUAAUAUUUUACUUGCAUCUCAUAGUAUCUGCGGGAAGCAAUCUGCGAGUUGCUUUUGCAUCCGCAUCUGUGGUUGCGCAACAUAUCAAACUGUCUUGUGGCUUGCUACUUUGCCACUGUGACCGAGGCUUGUAAAGAAAACCUUAAGGGAACUUACUAUUUGAUGAGGUCAAGUAGACUUUUCUUCAUUGCUACUUCCCUUUUUUGUCCGCUGAAGGUGCUGCAGACUGAUGAUGCUGCCUGUGAUCUCAGUACUGAAAAUCUUGUCUUUUCAAUUUGCGCUCUGCAUUCAUUCUUAGGAAAAUAUGAAUGUAAAGAUCAAGACAAGUUCUGGUCCACCUUUGAACACGAUGAGCAGGGUCAUUUACUUAGGCUUUUCAAACAGUUUGAUUUAAGGAAACUCUCAUGUCCGACCUUAGCGGUAAAAAAGAUGAAAGCCAGCGCUACUUGGUCAUUUCCUAUUUGCUUAAGACAAUUGGGAAGAUUUCCCUUCAUGUGGAGGAUAUGCAGGUGGGUGGUUAAUAUAUAUUAAAGGGUAUCUCUGUUUGCUCAACUCAAAAUUUCUUAGCCUAGUCAUCGCUAUUUUAUUCACUUUCUCGUUUUUUCGAACUAUACGUAACAUUUUUGGCCUCACUCUCCCAUAUGUUGUGCGAGGAGCGAGUGUCUCAUGGUGGGGAAUGUGUGUCUUCUUUUGCAGAUGAAAAUUAUCUUCACUUGUUUCAAAGCAAUUUCACCAAAGCUUAUAAAUCAGAAUAGAUUGUUGUCCCCUGACGGUGAGGUUGAUUGCCAAAGCUUUGCAUACCAUAUGCUGUUGCCACUGUACAAAGUUUGUGAAGGAUUUGCUGGAAAAGUUAUAUCAGGUAUGUCUCUCAUGUAGUUAUAUCAGGUAUGUCUCUCAUGUCGAUUGAUUCAAUCUCUUGCAAGCUUAUUGUUUUAAGGUCCAUACUAUCUUUGAUGCAAAGUGGUAGUUGCACAAGUUUAUGAUGUUACCUUUUAGCCAUUUCGUUCAAGUCAUAAUCCAAGAUUUGUUGGCUUGAAAGCACUUCUAGCAAAAAAAAAAGGUGGACAAAGGGAUACACUUCAUUUUGAAAGAAAGGUGACGGAUCCAUGCAUUCUGUUUGUCAGGAAUUUGGAGCAGUCUAAGUUUCCGUUAAGUCAAUUUUCCCACCGUUUACAAAAUGCUCGUCACCUUCUUCUUGGUUUCAGAGUAAUUAAAUGCAUAUGUAAUGAUUACAUUUGCGUUGUGUCUACAGAUGACAUGAAACAAAUGGCUGAAGAAGUGCGGGGGAGCAUAGCAAAGUUAUGUGAGUGCAGAGUUUUGUCCAAAUCUACAGUCAUAUAAGGAAAAAUCUCAAAUCCAAGAGGGAUGAGGAAACAAGAAGAGAAGGUGAUUGCUGUGGUUAAUCCAAUGAGAAAUGCCAAGAGGAAGCUGAGGAAUGCAGAAAAACAUAAAGCACACAAGAAAAGGAAAAUGAUGGCAAUGAAGAUGGGAAGAUGGAUGUAGUUAGUUAGACUAUGCUAGGUGUGGAAAAUUGAGCAUCUUCAACACGAAGAAGGGUGGAUUCCAUCUGGGAGUGAGAGUUGGUGUCAAUCUCACGCCUUGUCAUCAGAUCACAAAGUAGGUUGAUUUCACCCAGAACCCUCUGCAGCCCGAGGCAGGCCUCCCCUAAGUAGGCUUCUACAGAAAAUUUUGUUUUAUUUAUUUGAUCAACUUUUUCAUUGUAUAGUGCUACUAGUUGCACUACGCUUAGUUAAAAAUGGAAUCUGUAUAGUGAAUAUAGUGGCCCUUUCAUUAGCCUACAAUGCAAGAGAACAUUGUAACUGAUUGAACAGCGUAAUUCAAGGAAUUUAAGUAAUUGGGAAUAGUCUUGGAGAA